AGCAGCAAGCGGACUAGUUAGCAGAUACGUCAAUCCAAACAUGCUGGCGUCCCUGUCCGACAUGCUGGCCUGGAAGCCCGCGGCCAAGCGCCCCAAGCCGCGCCGCGCGCCAACCGCCACCUCCGAGAUGGACGACUCGAGCGCCGACGACGUGUCCGAGACCGAGAGCGCCGAGUCCAGCCAGUGCGGCGCGCCCUUCCUGCGCCGGGAGCAGUCGUGCCCCGCGUCCGUGCCGCGCAAGCCGCGCCUGGACACGCAGCCCGAGAGCGAGAGCGACGCCGAGAACGGCCGCCCGGCGCUACAGGCCGUCUACUCGUUCGCGCGCGCGGGGCUCACGUCCUCCUCCAAGCUCUUCCUCCCGCACUCGCGCAGCGUGGACGCUGUCUCGGACAACCUAGACCUGCACGCCGACAAGUGCGCGGGCGCGCGCGUGGCCACGCGCUUCGGCCUCGGCAAGAUCAUCGCGAUCAGAGACGAGGACGGCGUCGCUGCGAUCAAACUGCAGGCGUCCGGGCUGCUGUUCCUCCACGCGCAGGAGCUCGAGGAGGUGCAGGUGCUCCCCGCGCUCAUCGGCGAGCGCGUCCACACUCCGUCGGGAUCCGGACGUGUCUUGAAGUACGACGUCCGCGAGCAGCUGUACACGCUUCGUCUUCGAGCAGGUGGCGGUCUUGGUGAGUACGAGCUGCAGCUCCGACCUUCAGAUCCGCGUCGCCCGCGCGGCAUGUCGGAAGGCAGCAGCGCGGACUGGGAGUCAAGGCACUCGCGCUCCCGACGGUCCAGCUUCAGCUCGACGACCGGCGCGGCGGGCUUGAUGCUGCUCAAGAACAUCGCGGCCACCUCGUACACGUUCGUGGCGAGCAAAUACCACCAGGGGCAGCCCGUGAUCACCAAGUUCGGCGCCGGGCACAUCCUCUCGGUCGACCCGCAGCGCUGCACCGCGCAGGUCCAGCUCGUGUGGGGCGCCAUUGCUUUCCUUAACGCUGACAUGAUUGAUUUCUACCCCAAGGCGCUGGAGGGCACCGACGUGCAGACCAAGUUUGGCUCAGGUAUAGUUAUCGGACUGCGACCGGCGGAUGCCAUCUACACGGUGCGUCUGCACGACCCGCAGCCCGCCGGCAAGUCUGACAUUGUAUUUGUCCACGAGUCGGACCUGCACCGGAGCCGGAGGAUCGCUGUCACCGCUGCGAAUGUCCGAGACAGGCUCAAAGCCAUGGCACAGCGGCGAUUCGGUGAACGCAUCGUGGUGGCGCACCAGCACCACGACGAGGAACCCAACUCCGCAGGCAUCUAG